GUUGGGCGGCGAGGACUGGGCGGAGGGGCCGCCGGGUGCCGGGCUCGGGCCGGCAGGGGGCGGGGGGUGGGGGGCGGGCGCAGAGCGCGGCGGAGCUGGCCGGACACCGACACCGCCGCCUCCCGCGGCUCAUCCCCCGCGCGCCCGCUUCCCUCCUCCCCUGGCCGGGAGCAGCAUCCUCUGCGGACCCUCGCACCUCAUUCCCGGGGGUCGUCGGGCUCCCGCGGCUCCUCCCCGUCACCCGCCCACCCGGGAACUUUCCCGGCCAGUGCCGGGGAGGAGAGGGGGCUCCUGUGCCUAGGCGGGUUUCUCUUGGGGGUGGGGGCAGUCUCGGAGGAGGGUUUCGGGGUCCCGGAGGGACGCUCGCCACCCCACAACCUUGCCCCCCGCGGGCCAGCCGUCGGAUCUCCGCACCCUCUCUGCCCCUGUGUCCCCCACCAUGACCGAAAUGAGCGAGAAGGAGAACGAACCAGAUGACGCGUCCACCCACAGCCCCCCGGGGUCCAUCUCUGCCCUCCAGGAAACCAAGCUCCAGCGGUUCAAGCGGUCCCUGUCCCUCAGGACCAUCCUCCGGAGCAAGAGUGUGGAGAACUUCUUCCUUCGCUCGGGCUCGGAGCUCAAGUGCCCCACCGAGGUGCUGCUGACGCCCCCCACCCCGUUACCCCCACCCUCCCCACCCACCGCAUCCACAGACAGGGGCCUAUCCACCCCGGCACCCUCCCCUUGCCCAGUACCCCGCCCCCUGGCACCGCUCAAACCCCUGAGGCUGCACAGCUUCCAGGAAUACGUCUUCAAGCGUGCCAGCCCCUGUGAGCUGUGCCACCAGCUCGUCGUGGGCAACUCCAAGCAGGGCCUGCGCUGUAAGACAUGCAAAGUCAGUGUCCACCUCUGGUGCUCUGAGGAGCUCUCGCACCAGCAAUGCCCAGGCAAGACGUCCACCUCCUUUCGCCGCAACUUCAGUUCCCCACUCCUGGUGCACGAGCCACUGCCAGCGUGUGCCACCAGCAAAGAGUCACCACCCACGGGGGCCAGCGGGAAGGUGGAUCCCGUCUACGAGACGCUGCGCUACGGCACCUCCUUGGCCCUGAUGAACCGCUCCAGCUUCAGCAGCACCUCUGAGUCCCCAACAAGGAGCCUGAGCGAGCGGGAUGAGCUGACAGAGGACGGCGAAGGCAGCAUCCGCAGCUCAGAAGACGGCCCUGGGGACAGCGUGUUCGCAGCCCCUGCGGAGAGCGAAGGGUCAGGCCCAGAGGAGAGGAGCCCUGGGCAGCAGGCCCCCAAACCCGCCGUGCGGAAGGAUGUGGGGCCCAUGUACUCCUACGUGGCCAUCUACAAGUUCCUGCCUCAGGAGAACAACGAUCUGGCUCUGCAGCCUGGAGACCGGAUCAUGCUGGUGGACGACUCUAACGAGGACUGGUGGAAGGGCAAGAUUGGCGACCGGGUUGGCUUCUUCCCAGCCAAUUUUGUGCAGCGAGUGAGGCCAGGUGAGAGUGUUUGGCGCUGCUGCCAACCCUUCUCCGGGAACAAGGAGCAGGGCUACAUGAGCCUGAAGGAGAACCAGAUCUGUGUAGGCGUGGGCAGGAGCAAGGACGCUGAUGGCUUCAUUCGCGUGAGCAGUGGCAAGAAGCGGGGCCUGGUGCCAGCCGACGCCCUGACAGAGAUCUGAGAGAAGCCCAGGGAGGCCAGAUGCCCUUCCUGCACAUCCCAGCCUCGCUCCUGGCCCUGACAGGGGGUCCUGGCUCCCCCAUCUGCGUCUCAUCUAGGGAGUUCACCUGGCCUGGGGCCUUCUCCUGCAGGAAGGUUUUAUUUUGGGGGGGUUACUCCUCUGGGAAUUGGGGGAGGAGAAAAUGGGAGGGAGUGGGAAAGCUCCAGGGAGACCCCACAGGGCUCAGGGACCCCCGCCCAGUGGCCAUUCCAAGUCCAGCCCUGGGGGGUGUUCAAGGGACACCCCCAUUGCUGCUUCCGAGAGUCUUCCUGUGCCCCUUGCAUGUGCCCACCUGUCCCCACAGAACCCCUGCUUGGGUCUAUGUGUGUGACCCGUGGCUGACCUCGGGGGCAUGGGGUCUCUCUGGACAGGACAGCACCUGCGGGGGGGGGGG